UUAUUUUUGUGGUAGUUCCUUUUUUCAAGUACAUUCUCUGUAAAAUGGAGAACGAGAUUUUUACUCCCCUUCUGGAGCAGUUCAUGACCAGCCCCUUGGUCACUUGGGUUAAAACGUUUGGACCUCUGGCUGCAGGAAAUGGGACCAACCUGGAUGAAUAUGUGGCUUUGGUGGAUGGGGUGUUCUUGAACCAAGUUAUGCUCCAAAUUAAUCCUAAAUCGGAGAGUCAGAGAGUAAAUAAAAAAGUCAACAAUGAUGCCUCACUUAGAAUUCAUAAUCUAUCCAUUUUGGUGAGACAGAUAAAAUUUUAUUACCAGGAGACUUUGCAGCAGUUGAUUAUGAUGUCUUUGCCAAAUGUCUUAAUCAUUGGCAAAAAUCCCUUUUCUGAACAAGGCACAGAAGAAGUUAAAAAGUUGCUUUUACUUUUACUGGGUUGCGCAGUUCAGUGUCAGAAAAAAGAAGAAUUUAUUGAAAGAAUUCAAGGUUUAGAUUUUGAUACAAAAGCAGCAGUUGCCGCACAUAUUCAAGAGGUAACCCAUAAUCAGGAAAAUGUGUUUGAUCUACAAUGGAUGGAAGUGACUGACAUGUCUCAGGAGGAAAUAGAACCACUCUUGAAAAACAUGGUAUUGCAUCUAAAAAGACUUAUAGAUGAGAGAGAUGAGCAUUCGGAGACUAUCGUUGAACUCUCUGAGGAGCGGGAUGGUCUUCAUUUUCCACCCCAUGCCUCUUCAUCUGCACAGUCACCUUGUGGUUCUCCAGGCAUGAAGCGAACAGAAAGUCGACAACAUCUGUCAGUGGAACUGGCAGAUGCUAAGGCCAAGAUAAGAAGGCUUAGGCAGGAAUUGGAGGAAAAGACUGAACAGUUGUUGGACUGUAAACAAGAACUUGAGCAAAUGGAAAUAGAACUAAAAAGGCUGCAACAAGAGAACAUGAAUUUGCUUUCGGAUGCUCGUUCUGCAAGAAUGUAUCGAGAUGAAUUAGAUGCGCUUCGGGAGAAGGCUGUCAGAGUUGAUAAGCUGGAAAGUGAAGUUAGCAGAUACAAAGAGAGGCUACAUGAUAUUGAAUUUUAUAAGGCAAGAGUUGAGGAAUUAAAAGAAGACAAUCAAGUUUUAUUAGAAACAAAAACCAUGUUGGAAGACCAAUUAGAAGGAACUCGAGCUCGUUCUGAUAAAUUACAUGAAUUAGAAAAAGAAAAUUUACAACUGAAGGCUAAACUGCAUGAUAUGGAAAUGGAGCGUGAUAUGGAUAGAAAAAAGAUUGAAGAAUUAAUGGAAGAAAAUAUGACUUUGGAAAUGGCACAGAAACAAAGUAUGGAUGAAUCAUUACAUCUUGGCUGGGAGCUGGAACAAAUAUCCAGAACUAGUGAACUUUCUGAAGCACCACAGAAAUCCUUGGGCCAUGAGGUAAAUGAAUUGACAUCAAGUAGGUUGUUGAAGUUGGAGAUGGAAAAUCAGAGUUUGACAAAAACUGUAGAAGAGCUUCGGAGUACUAUGGAUUCUGCAGAAGGCAGCACUUCCAAAAUCCUGAAAAUUGAAAAAGAAAAUCAAAGACUAAGUAAGAAGGUUGAAAUUCUUGAAAAUGAGAUUAUUCAAGAAAAGCAAAGUCUUCAGAAUUGUCAGAAUUUAAGCAAGGAUCUAAUGAAGGAGAAAGCUCAGCUUGAAAAAACAAUUGAAACACUUAGAGAAAAUUCAGAGAGACAGAUUAAAAUAUUGGAACAGGAAAAUGAACAUCUGAAUCAAACUGUGUCCUCCUUAAGGCAGCGCUCCCAGAUAAGUGCUGAAGCAAGGGUGAAAGACAUUGAAAAAGAAAAUAAAAUUCUCCAUGAAUCUAUCAAGGAAACAAGUAGCAAGCUAAGCAAGAUUGAAUUUGAAAAAAGGCAAAUCAGAAAAGAAUUGGAACAUUAUAAAGAAAAAGGAGAACGAGCAGAAGAACUUGAAAAUGAGUUACAUCAUCUUGAAAAAGAAAAUGAAUUGUUACAGAAAAAGAUAACCAAUUUAAAAAUUACUUGUGAAAAAAUUGAGGCCUUAGAACAAGAAAAUUCAGAGCUAGAAAGAGAAAAUAGGAAAUAUAAAAAAACAUUGGAUAGCUUUAAAAACCUUACUUUUCAGUUAGAAUCCCUAGAGAAAGAGAAUUCCCAGCUUGAUGAGGAAAACUUAGAACUGCGAAGGAAUGUAGAAUCUUUAAAGUGUGCAAGCAUGAAAAUGGCUCAGCUACAACUAGAAAACAAAGAACUGGAAAGUGAAAAAGAACAACUUAAGAAAGGUUUAGAGCUCAUGAAAGCAUCUUUCAAGAAAACAGAACGCUUAGAGGUUAGCUACCAGGGUUUAGAUACAGAAAAUCAAAGGCUACAGAAAGCUCUAGAAAACAGCAAUAAAAAAAUUCAGCAGUUGGAAAGUGAACUACAAGACUUAGAGAUGGAAAAUCAAACAUUGCAAAAAAACCUAGAAGAGUUAAAAAUAUCUAGCAAAAGACUAGAACAGCUAGAAAAAGAAAACAGAUCAUUAGAACAAGAGACUUCUCAACUGGAAAAGGAUAAGAAACAACUGGAGAAGGAAAAUAAGAGACUCCGACAACAAGCAGAAAUAAAAGAUACCACAUUAGAAGAAAAUAAUGUGAAAAUUGGAAAUUUGGAAAAAGAAAACAAAACCCUUUUCAAAGAGAUUGGUAUUUAUAAAGAAUCCUGCAUUCGUCUGAAAGAAUUAGAGAAAGAAAAUAAGGAGCUUGUGAAAAGAGCAACUAUUGAUAUAAAAACUUUAGUUACAUUACGAGAGGAUUUGGUGAGUGAAAAACUGAAGACUCAACAAAUGAAUAAUGAUCUUGAAAAAUUAACUCAUGAGCUUGAGAAGAUAGGGUUAAAUAAAGAACGACUCUUACAUGAUGAGCAGAGUACUGAUGACAGAUACAAACUUUUGGAAUCAAAAUUAGAAUCUACUCUAAAGAAGUCCCUUGAAAUAAAAGAAGAAAAAAUCGCUGCAUUAGAAGCUCGAUUAGAAGAGUCCACAAAUUAUAACCAGCAGUUGCGCCAAGAACUUAAAACAGUGAAAAAGAAUUAUGAAGCUCUCAAGCAGAGACAAGAUGAGGAAAAGAUGGUACAGAGCUCUCCUCCAGUUUCUGGUGAAGAUAACAAAUGGGAGCGAGAAAGUCAAGAAACAACCAGAGAGCUUCUGAAAGUUAAAGACAGAUUAAUUGAAGUUGAAAGAAAUAAUGCUACACUACAAGCAGAGAAGCAAGCAUUGAAAACUCAACUGAAGCAACUUGAGACACAGAACAAUAAUUUGCAGGCUCAGAUUCUUGCACUUCAGAGGCAGACAGUAUCAUUACAGGAGCAGAAUACCACUCUUCAAACACAGAAUGCCAAGCUUCAGGUUGAAAAUUCCACUCUUAAUUCCCAAAGUACCUCACUUAUGAACCAGAAUGCACAACUCCUAAUCCAGCAGUCUUCCUUAGAAAAUGAAAAUGAAUCUGUGAUCAAAGAGCGAGAAGACCUGAAAUCUCUCUAUGAUUCUCUGAUCAAAGAUCAUGAAAAGCUGGAACUUCUGCAUGAACGACAGGCUUCAGAGUAUGAGUCUCUCAUUGCUAAACAUGGAACUCUAAAGUCUGCCCACAAAAAUCUUGAGGUGGAACAUAAAGACCUUGAAGAUCGUUACAAUCAGUUACUAAAACAGAAAGGACAAUUGGAAGAUUUGGAAAAAACACUGAAGGUAGAACAGGAAAAAAUGCUGCUUAAAAACAAAAACCAUGAAACUGUAGCUGCAGAAUACAAGAAACUUUGUGGUGAAAAUGAUAGGUUGAAUCAUACGUAUAAUCAGCUUUUAAAAGAGACUGAAGUUUUACAAACUGACCAUAAAAACUUGAAAAGUCUUCUAAAUAGUUCCAGACUGGAACAAACAAGAUUAGAAGCUGAAUUUUCAAAGUUAAAGGAACAAUACCAACAACUGGACAUCACAUCCACCAAGCUAAAUAACCAGUGUGAGUUGCUAAGCCAACUUAAAGGAAAUUUAGAAGAGGAAAAUCGACAUCUACUAGAUCAAAUUCAGACAUUAAUGCUACAGAACAGAACACUAUUGGAGCAGAAUAUGGAAAGCAAGGAUCUUUUUCAUGUUGAACAAAGACAGUACAUUGAUAAGUUAAAUGAAUUAAGACGACAGAAGGAGAAAUUAGAAGAGAAAAUUAUGGAUCAAUACAAAUUUUAUGACCCAUCUCCUCCUAGAAGGAGAGGCAACUGGAUUACUCUAAAAAUGAGAAAACUGAUAAAGUCUAAGAAAGACAUUAAUCGGGAGCGUCAGAAAUCACUAACAUUAACACCAACCCGCUCAGACUCCAGUGAAGGAUUUCUUCAACUCCCCCAUCAAGAUAGUCAAGACAGUUCUUCAGUAGGUUCAAACUCUUUAGAAGAUGGCCAAACUCUGGGGACCAAGAAAAGCAGCAUGGUUGCACUGAAAAGACUGCCCUUUUUGAGGAACAGACCGAAGGAUAAAGACAAAAUGAAGGCCUGCUACCGUCGUUCCAUGUCCAUGAAUGACCUGGUGCAGUCCAUGGUCCUAGCAGGAGGACAGUGGACAGGUAGUACUGAGAAUUUGGAGGUUCCUGAUGAUAUUGCAACGGGUAAAAGGAGAAAAGAAUUGGGAGCUAUGGCCUUCUCUACUACAGCCAUCAACUUUUCAACUGUCAACUCUUCUACAGGCUUCAGAUCCAAGCAGUUGGUUAAUAAUAAAGAUACUACAUCCUUUGAAGACGUAAGUCCACAAGGUAUUAGUGAUGAUUCUAGUACGGGAUCAAGAGUUCAUGCUUCGAGACCAGCCAGCCUUGAUAGUGGCAGAACAUCCACUAGCAAUAGCAAUAAUAAUGCUUCACUCCAUGAAGUCAAAGCAGGUGCAGUUAAUAUCCAAAGCAGGCCACAAAGCCACAGCAGUGGAGAAUUUAGCCUGCUUCAUGAGCAUGAGGCGUGGUCCAGCAGUGGUAGCAGUCCAAUCCAAUACUUGAAAAGACAGCCCAAAUCAAGUCCAGUGCUCCAGCACAAAACACUAGAGAGUCGAGCACAUCACAGGGUCAAAACUGGUUCCCCAGGAAGUGAAGUUGUUACUCUACAACAGUUUUUGGAAGAAAGCAACAAGCUUACCUCAAUACAGAUAAAGCCCUCAAGUCAAGAGAAUCUUUUAGAUGAAGUAAUGAAAAGUUUGUCUGUCUCUUCUGACUUCUUGGGAAAAAACAAACCAGUUAGCUGUGGUCUGGCCAGGUCAGUAAGUGGAAAAACUCCAGGAGACUUCUAUGAUAGAUGGACAACUAAGCCUGAACAAUUUGUGAGACCUGGUCCUCAAAAGACUGAAGAUACCUAUUUCAUUAGUUCUUCCAGAAAGCCUACACUAGGCACUCAAGGAAAGAUAAAAGUAGUAAAAGAAACUUCUCUGUCACGACAAUCAAAAGAUAGUAAUCCCUAUGCCACUUUACCUCGUGCAAGCAGUGUGAUCUCUACUGCCGAAGGAACUACUCGAAGGACGAGCAUCCAUGAUUUUUUGACCAAGGACAGUAGACUACCUAUGUCAGUUGAUUCACCACCAGCUACUGCUGAUAACAGCAUCACUGCAGCAUCUAAUGUGGACAAAGUACAAGAAAGCAGAAAUUCAAAAAGCAGGUCUAGGGAGCAACAAAGCUCCUAAUUCUAUUACCCACUACAUGACAUGUGGGCCAAGUGAGAGAAAAGUGUCCUUCAGUUUCUCAGUGUGAAGCCUUUAUUUCUGAAGUAACAAGACACCCAACUAUAGGAAUCACUUUUUAAAAUCUUUAAGACUUUAACAAUCCUUCGUGACUAGAGCAGGAAAGAAAUACAAACCUUCAUUCCUUCCUUGAAUCAAGGAGCACUACUGGAGUCAACUGCCAAAAUUUUUAGAAGGUUUUGUGACUUACUGUACAUUGUACUGUUAAGAUCUACUGAAUAAAGGAUGUUCUCUCACUAAGGACCAAGUGUUUUAAGGUUUCAAGAAGUACUCCAAGAACAAUAUACUUCUUUCAUCAUUUGUUUAUGAAUUUAUCCAUGUUUGCUUAAUGCUUCUGCUAAGUAUUAGUCUAAAUCUAGCCAUUAUAUUUAGUUGUGUAAACCUAAAUUAAAUGCUGUAGUAUGUUGUGGGAUGUACUAUAUAUCAAGAUACAGAGAACAUUGUUUUGGCAUGUCAGAGCCUUAUUUGGUUAGCAGACUGCAUGUGUUGGUAUUCUUUUUUUUUUUUUAAGCCUAUUAUUUUAUGCACUGCAAAAGAAAUUCAGUUUAUGAGAUAACUCUGAAAAGUCCAUAAUAAGAUAGGAGUUAUAAAAAAUUUACAGUGAUAUUAAUCUUUCCGUAUCCCCCACUAGCAACACUAAGCAAUUCACACAUGGAUCUAAGGUAAUUAAAGUGUGUUUUUCUGAAACUUUUUUUUUAGUAAGAUGGUUUUCUAGAAAAUGGCAUUCCCAAGAUAAAGCUGUUGUGUUUGAACUCAUUUCCCUCCUUUAGUACUGGGUUAUGUAUGUGUUUGUUUUUUUAACUUCAGAGCUGACUGUUGCUUAAGAAGUUUUCUUAUGGCAAAAAUAAUGUAAAUAAUUUACUAUGAUCUGCAUUUUGCCAGGAACUCAUUUAUUAUUAAGGUUAUCACUUAUUAAUAAAAAUCUUUCUGUUUUUGUCCUUUAUAAUACAUUAAAGUUGGUAACUGUUAUCGGUACUUUUGAAAUAUUUGUAUGCAUUUGUUACC